ACACACAUGUCAAAACCCUGUGGCCUGUGACAUUUGUCAUUUACUUUGUCCUCUUCUCACUUCCAACAAAAAGACUCAUUUUUUUUUCAUUUCAUUUAUGCUUUGAGCUUAUUUUGCAAUUCUUUCAUUUUCUCUUCUGCAUUUCUGUGUUAAAGUUGAGUUGUUGGGAGAUGGGUUGGAAGUACGAAGCUGGUUUAGUUGUGAUUGCCAUUUUUGUGUUCAUAUGGGUUGCUUCUGCUGAGACUACACAGAAAAUCUUUUUAGAGUAUAAACAGCCUUUUGCAAUAACAUAUCUUGGGAUCUCUCUUAUGGUGAUCUACUUGCCCAUAGCAUUUUGUAAGGAUUGGAUUGGCAGAGUAUUGGGCAUGAAUUCAUUCCAAAAACUUCACAAUGAUAAUAAUCCUUUCUUGGACUCAUCAAGCCUACAUGUUCCCCUUAGAAUAAAUGAAAUCGAACAGAAUUAUGAAGAGAAGUUGGGAAGUUACUGUGAGAAAGACACAAAUUUAGAAGAAGGAAGAAAGUCAGUAAUGUGUAAAAUCCAAGAUAAUAAGUGCCAAGGACUUAGCAAACUGGAAGUUAUUAGGUGCAGUUUAUAUCUUGCUCCCAUAUGGUUUAUAACCGAGUAUUUGUCGAACUCUGCCCUGGCUAAUACAAGCGUCGCAAGUACCACCGUUUUGACUUCUACAUCAGCGCUCUUCACGCUCUUCUUUGAAGCACUGCUCGGCCAGGACUCGAUAAAUACUGCAAAAUUUAUUGCUGCUGCGUUAAGUAUGACUGGUGUCGCAAUGACCACUGUUGCGAAAACGUGGGCGUCUGAUGAAAUUCUGAGCGUAUCUGAGGAAAAAAUGCAUUCUAUUAUUGGGGAUGCUUAUGGUCUUCUCUCGGCAGCAUCUUAUGGGCUAUUCACAGUGCUGCUCAAGAAAGCCACACGAUCAGAGGGAGAAAAGGUUGAUGUGCAAAGGAUUUUCGGAUAUAUUGGACUUUUUACUCUCCUUGGCAUUUGGUGGCUUGUAUGGCCAUUAUAUGUUCUUGGGAUAGAACCUAAGUUCACAUUCCCUAAUAGUGCUUCUGUUGCCGAAGUCCUGCUACUGAAUGGCUUUGUUGGAAGUGUUAUUGCGGACUAUUUAUGGGCACUGUCUAUAAUUUGGACAACUUCGCUAGUAGCAACUCUAGGCAUAUCCUUGACCAUACCUCUCGCUAUGUUAGCAGACAUGGUAGUCCACGGGCGCCACUAUUCUCCAGUGUACAUUCUAGGAUGCAUUCAGGUUUUUGCCGGAUUUGUUACGGCUAAUCUUCAUAACAAGCCUUCCACUGAAGGUUAAUAUUCGAGCUGGAAAAAACGGAUUGAACCCCUUGUGCGUAUGUGUGUGUACUGGAGGAUUUAAAAAUGACUGAUAAAAUUUAUUGUGAGUUUUUGUAUUUGGAACAGAUGGGAGAACCCAGUGUUAACGUGGUCAUUAUUAUUUCCACCAUAUUUUGGCUUAUCAUUCUUGGAUUCUUCUGGUGCUAACUUUCGCUAGUG